AUGAGGGAAAAAUUUUAUCCUAAAAUGACAGAAGAGGUUCAUGACAAGUUCCUGGAGUUCCUUGAUAACACACCAAAGGUCAGGAUGGAUGCCGAGCAGGCUAUAUACAGAAACGAAGGUGUACUACUGAUUGAUCUCCAAGAUAUCAACGCAUACUCUGCGGAAUUGUAUACUGAUAUACUUCGGAACUUUUCGCGGGACAUCGACAAGAUUAACCGGAGCACAGCACUUUACACCAUGAGAGAGUUUUCAACGGCGCUGGAAUACACUUCAUUCCACAACAGCCAUGUGGUUUAUAGGAUCAGGGAGUUGAAGAGCGACAAGCUUGGGCAGCUUCUUAGCUUUAGUGGAACGGUAACAAGAACCACACAGGUCAGACCGGAGCUUUCCAAAGGGACGUUUGUGUGCAAGGUCUGCAGUUCUGUUGUUAGUGAUAUUUUCCAGGAGUUCAAGUAUACAGAACCUCUUGUAUGUCCGAACCAUUUGUGUACUAACAGGAGGCUGUGGAAGCUUGACAUUGACAAAAGCGAGUUUUUGAAUUGGCAGAAGAUACACAUCCAAGAGAAUACAGAAGAGAUUCCCCCUGGGUCUCUGCCGAGAAGUAUGGAUGUGAUUGUUAGAAAUGAUCUGGUAGAAAAGAUAAGGGCAGGAGAUAAGGUUGUGAUGACGGGAUAUCCUAUCGUUGUUCCUGAUGUGAUACAGCUGAUGAUGCCUCAGAGCAAGACUGUCCCUAUGCAGAGCGGGGAGCUGGAUGAGAUCAAAAGGAAGAGGAACAUAAACAUCAAAGAUCUGAACUACAAGCUAAGCUUUAUGUGCAUCCAUGCGGAUUGCAGUAUUGUUGAGGAUGAUGAAUUCACAAAUGAAGAGCUUGGGAUUAUAAGUGAAAUGAGAUCGACGCCUGACCUCUACUACAAGCUGAGCCAGAGUAUGUUUCCAUCAAUACAUGGACACUACUCGAUUAAGAAUGCCAUAUUGCUACUACUUGUUGGAGGUGUUGGAAAGAAAGCAGAAGGAGGAACCAGUCUCCGAGGAGAUAUAAAUGUACUUCUUGUUGGGGAUCCUGGGACAGCAAAGUCACAGUUUCUGAAGCAAACAAGUGCCUUUCUCCCAAGAAGUGUUUACACAUCUGGCAAGAGCAGCAGUGCAGCGGGCCUCACGGCUAGUGUGAUAAAGGAUGGAGAAACUGGAGAGUUUACUAUUGAGGCAGGGGCGUUGAUGUUGAGUGAUACAGGUGUGUGCUGCAUUGACGAGUUUGACAAGAUGAAUGUUAAGGAUCAGGUGAGCAUCCACGAGGCGAUGGAGCAACAGACAAUAACCAUAUCCAAGGCUGGGGUGAAUGCAACUCUUAAUGCUAGAAGUAGCAUCCUAGCAGCAGCAAAUCCUAUAAAGGGAAGAUACGACAAGAAAAAAACGUUGAGGCAGAAUAUAAAUCUAAGUGCACCUGUUAUGUCAAGGUUUGAUUUGUAUUUUGUUCUCAUUGACGAUGCCAAUGUUGAGAAUGACAGGAAUGUUGCAGCACAUAUUCUCAACAGCCACGCAUCGAUUACUGACUCUGGAGUGCUUUCAAGCUACUUCACCAGGGAGCAGGUGAGGCUGUAUCUGCGAUAUGCAAGGAAGAGGUCGCCCAAGAUGACUGAAGAAGCAAAGGAGAUGCUUAUCAAGAAAUAUAUAAACAUAAGGCAAGACAGUCUUAUCCAUAGCAAUAAUUACAUGAUGACAGUUAGGCAUUUGGAGAGCCUUAUCCGUCUCAGUGAGGCACUUGCAAAGAUUCAUGACAGUGAGCUUGUAACAAAGGAAUAUGUGGAAGAGGCACACAGGCUGGUGAAGAGUAGUGUUGUUGAGAUCAAAGGGGAGGACAUAGAAAUAAUUCCUAAAGCGGGUGAUGAACCGGGAUUUAUGAUAAACAGCAAGGAUUACAUAAGAAUAACCAACUCUUUCAUAUACCUUAUAAAAACACGAGAACCUAUGGAAAGACAUGAGUUGGUUGAGGCAUAUUUAUCUGAGAGGGAAUCAUCUAUAGAGAGUGAAAAGGCCCUAAUUGAAGAGCAGAGUAAGGCGGAAAAUGUGUUGUCUUUCCUUAUAGGCAAGGAAGGUGUUCUGUUCAUAACCGAUGGGAAAAUCCACAUUCAUCCUAAUUACGAUGUGUGA